AUGACCACUCCAGCUGAAAUCACUGAUAAUCAGCAAGGUUCCCACACCGAGAGCUCAGCUGGAAUCACCGGGAGCUGGGUGGAACCUCAAGAGACCAACUCGCAGAGGUCACGGUGGCAGGUGACAGUAGAAGGUGACAGCGCAGGGCCAACGGCAACAGACGAUGGAGUGAACGGUGGCACAACGAACAACCGUGGCCCGAGCGAACAGUACCCGAACCUACAGCAGCGGGUGGUGUCUGCUGGGACCGUGGCUGAGUUUCCCCUGCCCAGCGUGGGCCGGGCAGAUGCCGGGAGCUACACCUGCGAAUAUCGACCCAUAACGGAGCCUACUCGCUGGUCACACCUGAGCGACCCCGUCGAGAUCAUUGUAGCAGAGGGGCUGUACCCCAAACCCUCCAUCUCCGCCAGCCCUGGGGGGGUGAUCCCCGUGGGGGGAAACGUCACCAUCCGGUGCUGGACUCAGCGCCUGGACAUGAGGUUCCUGCUCUACAAGGACGGGGAUGGGAACUAUCUGACCUACACAGACCCUGCCGGCUCUGCGGCCGAAUUCCCCAUCGCCAGCGCCGGGCGGGAAGACGGUGGAAACUACACCUGUCUUUAUGCCAACAGGACAGGACGAGCUGCCUACUCGGAGCUCAGCGACCCGGUGCAGAUCAUUGUAGCAGAUCCCAGCCUGCCCAGACCCUCCGCCUCUCUGAGCCCCACUGGGGUCACUGCCCCAGGGGCAGACGUCACCAUCCGGUGCCAGGGGCCGGGCGGGGACGUGAGGUUCUUCGUGCACCAGGCUGGAGACCUGACCCGGCCGCGCCCCAUGGACCCUGCUGGGGACGGGGCCGAGUUCCACAUCCGCCCCGUGGGCCGGCAGCACGGAGGGAACUACAGCUGCAGCUACCGGCCCCGGGCAGAGCCCUUCGUCUCCUCGGCGCCCAGCGACCCCGUGGGGCUGGUGGUAGCAGAGGGAACCGACCCAACAUGGCCCAGAGCAAUGCCAGCUCCCAUCUGCCCAAUCAACAAGAGACCAGCAGCAGCGCCAGCGCCCCUAGAGCACCUGGAUUUAACCCACAGCAACAUUGCCCGCCUGGCACUGGGCGCCGGGGUCCUGCUCGCCCUGGGGCUGAUCCUGGCCAAGGCCUAUUGCAGCCACCCGACGGGGGAGCCCUAGACCCCUUCCUUC